AUGUUUAAAACAUUAUUGCAGGACUGAGAAUCCGGGGUAAAAAAUAAGCAAACUAUGCGCGUUAAUUUAAUAUAAUAAAGUAUUUUUUGCUUUGCUUUAAAACAUCUUUUGAAGUGUAUAAUUAUGAACAUUUGUGAUGGAAACACUUUAACCAAUACAGCGAUCACAUCUGAACAGUGAGCUGCAGGUUUAUUACUGUUGAUCAUCCGACAAACCAUGAAAAACGGUCACGUGUUUACAGCAUGCACCAUCCUGAUUGGAUUGGUGACAGCCCAAGUUCCAGCCGGAAAUGAAGCUGAAUUAAGGACCAUGGUUAAAACGGUUUUGGAACAGAACAGACAGUUAAUAUUGCAAAAUAACCGACUCCAACAAAUGUGGACGGGUAUGCGGCAGAUUUGUGAGGCGGUCAGUAUUCAGACCUGUGACUGUGGAAACAACACAGGUGGCAGCUCCACUCCGUCUGGAGAGUUUAUUCAAACGCUGACCACCGCUGAGCCGCUGCCGGAAGUGCCGGAAGGACCCGAUCCACUGCGCAUACUCAACAUCAGCACUACUGCCGGUCCGAAAGGGAGCGACACCGUGAAGAUUUCCGUUGGGUACGCUGGUUCCCCGCAACAUACGACAGAAUGGAUCGGUCUGCGACAGAACGGGGGAAUGUGGCGUACAUCCGGAAAGCGGACGUCCAGCUCAGAAAACAACUACACAUUUUUCUCUGACGUCACAAUCGAUGACCUCAGCAACAUGCGUAAUCUCUUCUUCCGGCUUUACAACGAUGAUGAGAGUCUCAAUAUGCGCGUGAACAUGAACGAGACUUCGAAGAACCAAACGCACGUGGUCACCCAGCCAACGGCUGACUACCUCACCGUGAACACGACCGUGAAGGCUGCGCAGGACUUAGAUCUCAAGAUCCCGGCGGUGCUUGUCCAAGACCCCACUGAGGUGGACCAGCUGGCCUAUGCUGAGGUCUUCUUCACCGGUCUCAACACUUCCGCCAGUCCGCCAGCCAUCUUUGAAAUCAUGCACUUUAAUUCAGAAGGCCUCGGACUCUCGCUCACAAAACGCACUAACACUACCUCCAAUUUAGAGAUCGUACUUCGAAAGGAUUACGCGCAGUAUGGCGGCAUCCUCACCAUCCGCCUUCCUUACCGAAACACCGUCGGCGGUCUGGUUGAAGAGUUUUAUUACGGCCCGUUCGUGAAAGUGCUGGCACCCGGAGAUGAUAGUGUAGUGUUGCCUAACACAAUCGGCGUUUUCCCGCUCAGCCGUCAAAUUAUCGUGUUCCCACCGACGCAGACGAUGAUCUGCGCUGCCAUGGGAAACCCCAGACCGGAAGUGAGCAUUCUGAAGGUGGCCAACGGCGAUGCCCGACCUGUUCCUUUGGAGACGGUGAUACUUGACAGCUCAAUGAAUAUGGUUGUGCACUCAUUUAAAGCCGCGGACCCUGCAAAUACCGACGGCAGAUAUAUUUGCAGGGCCACCAAUGGGAACCAGACAAUAGACGCUCCGACGGAAGUGCUGGUUUUGCGUGCGGCUCGCUUCAGCGCUGAGCGGACCGGCGUUAUGCAGAACUCCACGGAUCGUGUCGUUAUUUCCUGCCAGGCAAGCGGCCGGCCUCGCCCUGCCCUGGAGCUGCGACUGUAUGACGACUAUGGACCAGAUCUUGUCAGUUCCGGUCUCUACAAGGUGUGGAAAUCGGAUCCCAACGCCAACACGUCUCGGGUGACGUUAACGCUGACUCCCGUCGACGACGUUGACGUCCACACGCUCUACUGCGUCGCCAACCAGGGAGGGUCAGGCGGCAGCUACUCAGUGUCGAGCAAGAUAGAAAUCUACCCGGGCCAACAGAGGUCCAAUAACACGGAGUUGUACUCAAGACUUAGGGAAGCUUAAUCAGGACUUAAGAGAAUAUUGUUUCCGUUGGCUAAUAACAUUUAACCAAUCAUGUGCACGUUUUCUCGGAUAGUCUUUAGUUUCCAUUUUUGUUAUGUAUGUAUGUUACGUAUAUCUGAAUAAAAUUGUUUAUGAUAAUUUUUAAGCAAAAAAAUAUUUCUUGUACAUAAAUGUGUUUUUUUACAAAAUUAUUAAACGUCAAAUACACUAGGCGUUUAAAGUGUGUAAGGGUUGAAUUUAUGGUUAUUAAAGAUAAUGGUUAUUAAGUAUAGAUCGUAAUGCUAACUGAGUGUUUUUGAAUGUAGCUUUGUUUUAAUUCAACAGUAGCUAUA